AUGGAUGUUUCCAAGGCCAACGCUGAAAAUAUCGAGGAUGCUUCUUCCUACCAGGGAGAUGCCAUGCCCACGAAGAGCAUGGGGCCCAUUAUGCGAUCUCGCGAAGACGACCUUGGUGUCUGGCAGUGUGUGCGACGGUUCAAGACCGUGUCGCUGAUUGCGAUGACUGCGGCAUUUAGCGCAUCGCUGGAUGGUUACCAAAUCAAUCUUAAUGGCGGUAUUGUCUCCAACAAAGGUUUUAUUCGACAGAUGGCGUCCCCGGGCACAUCGAUCAUUGCAGGGAAAUACAUCUCUGCAUGGGGAGGUGUCCAAUCCGCCGGUCAAACUAUCGGUCAAAUUCUCCUCCAAUAUGCCACGGAAAAGUUCGGUCGGAAAAUCGCGUUCUACAUAAUCUGGCUCGACAUUGUUGUCAGCGUGUUUAUUGAAUCUUUUGCAACAAGAUGGGAUCACUGGCUCGCAGCGAAACUCUUCUCUGGAAUGGGUGUCGGUAUGCUGCAAUCCACCUUGCCUCUCUACUUGUCGGAAAUCGCCCCGACUCAGCUACGAGGUUUCUAUAUCAACGCGUACAGUUUCUGGUUUGUGGUUGGCCAGAUCUUCGCCUCAGUCGCACUCCAGGAACUCAGCGCAAAGGACCGUUAUGAAUUCCGGGUUCCUAUCUAUACACAGUGGGCUAUGGUUGGUAUCAUUAUGAUCAUCUUCGUCUUCAUCCCAGAAUCACCCUGGUGGCUCGUGAGCAAAGGCAAAAUCGACAAGGCAGCCAAAGUCUUAACUAGGUGUAAUGGCAAUGUUGAGGGAUACAGUGUUGACGAGCAGAUUGAAGUCAUGACUGCCACAAUUGCAGAGGAGCGUAUCCUCGCAGAGCGUAACUCCGAAGAGGGAACAUGGGCUGUGUUUCAGGGCCGCAAUCGCCUCCGUUUCUUUAUUGCUGCUUGGCCUAAGAUUGCCCAGCAGCUUGUCGGCUUGUCCGUGUUUAACACCUACGCUACAUAUUUCUUCCAAUAUGCCGGCAGCAAAGAUCCAUUCAUGGUAACGGUUAUUCUAUCUUGUGUCCAGUUGAUAUCUAUGAUGAUGACUGCUGUCACCACGGACAAGUUUGGUCGUCGUCCGUUGACAAUCUACCCCUAUGCAGUUACAUCUGUGUCAGUUUUGUGCCUCGGGAUUAUUGGCUGCUUCGAUUAUACCAAGCCAUCAACAAGCUCACUUCUGAUCUUCUUCGCUUGUUUGGCAACUUUGUCCACCACUGGUGCGUCGGCUAUUGGUUAUGCCUAUGCCGCUGAGAUCCCCCAGCAACGCUUGCGUGCAAAGACAGCAGGUUGGGCUCUUGCAUCCUCGAACUUGGUCGCUAUUAUGUUCAGUUUCUGCACGCCGUUGAUGAUCAAUAAUGCACCGGUCUCACACUGGGGUGUCAAAACUGGUUUCUUCUUUGCAGGUACAGGUACACUUGCGGUAAUUAUCGCUUGGUUCAUUCUUCCAGAAGUGACACGCCGCACACCGGCUGAGAUUGAUGAGAUGUUCGAGAAGAAGGUCAACCUUCGGAAGUUCAAGGGUUAUGUCACUGAAGUGCAGCUGCGCUCGGAUGAGCAACGCGAGGACCAUGAGAUGGCAGUUACAGCUUAA